CUUCAGCGAAACGUUGUGCAUUCGAUGCCUCCAUCUGAAACUGCGGUCUACCACUGUUCUACAAGUGUUCACCUCAAAUUUGGAAACGAUUUCGAAAUGUUUCACGAACGAAGAAUCAGCUGAAGCGAAUUGCCCUUCUGAGGAAUCUGUAACAGCGCGAGAAACUGCAGAAAUAUUGUUAUUCAAAACGAGAGACAACUUCGGCACCCAUACAUCCAAACAAUACUGCCCUAUAAGCAAAAACUACCAAUUGAACUACAAGGUCAUCAUCAACAAUCAUUUAAAUGAAUGUAAUGGAUUCAACUCGGUCAUGAACUCGUGUCCUUCCGGUUCAACAUUGAACUUCAUGUUGAGGAACUGCUCCUUCGAAAACUACGAUAUGAAGUUUGAGUGCCUUGGCCAAUGGAAAGGAUUGAACGAAGAGACAUUUAUGAUAUUCACGGAUAGCAGAUACAUCAUCGGUAGUAUGAGGCCCAAAUAUAGAUGCGCGGUCUACAAAGAAGAUCCAACUAGUGGCAAGAUCCAGAUGGCUUUGAGCAGUGAUUCUUCCUGUACGAGCGAUCUCUACAACUUCACUAGCGGUUUCGAAACCCUACUUCUGACACCAAUAACUGAGUUGCCUUGGCCCGCCGAAGUUUCCUUUGGGCUCAGCAGCUUUCCUGAAUGGAUGUAUGGAAAUUGGGAACAUGUAAAAGUGCAAGAAGAUACAAUGAUUUACAAGGACCAUACAUCAUUUAAAACUCAUACCAUCAAAUGUGUUGGCGUUAUCGAAGAUAGUGAUAAAUAUUUAGUUUUCAGCAGAACCCAAUGCGAUGAAAACACCUACACCUGCUUAAGAGCAGUGAAGAGAAGCAAUAAUAUAAUGGAAUUCCAAGUUGGGAGUAACACCAGCGCCAGUAAAGAUGCUUUCACCCUAUGCUCGGACGAAAACUUUCAAGAAGACUCUUGGAUAACACAAGGACGUUUGGAUAUCGUUCCCGGGCUAUCCCAAGGCAUGUGUCCUAUAAACGGAGAAUACACUGGCAGGAUUCCCGACGCUACAGACCUCUGCGCAAAACUCUGGUCUGACUGCAGGGCACCGGAAUUAAUGUACUACCAAGUAUCCCAUUGCGAAUCGGAAGAGAUAUACGAAGAACGCGAGUACCAGUGCUUGGGACACUGGCGGGAAUCAAGCCUUCUUUAUACCUACGCCCAGCGAAAAGAUGUAGCGGCUGGUACUUAUGAAUGUUUCGUCGGUUCCAUAAUUACAGAUCACGAAAUCUACAUCAAAGAGGCUGGCGAACACUGUCAGAGACACGUAGACCCUCUACGAUAUGGUAUGAAGCUGACAAAGAAGCAGCCGCUUUACUCAUGCAUGGACAGAAGUACAAUACCAAAACUAGCUCCCGGAAUAACUACUAGAAGAACAACGUCAAGACCUACUUCUACAUUCAUUACUAGAAGAACAUCGGCCAGCCAAGACUUCGAUUCCAAUGACAUUCCCGGCGCGAACAACGAUGAGAGAAGCUCAAGUGAAAAAAUGACACCUAUAUAUAGUCUGCCUAUCAUAUUGUAUUCAUUUUACAAACAUAUAUAAUCUUGUAAAAUAUCAAUUAUUCAUUAAUAAUUUAUUUGAUAUGAGUUAUUGCCUAAAAUAUCAAACUAUGCAAUCGUUCAGAAAAAAAAAUCUUGAUUUUUUAUUGCCUACUAACAGGAGAAAAACGAAAUAUGGUAUUUCAAAUAACAAAUUGUCAAUUUAGCAACAGGGUAAUCGGCCAGAGAUUUCAUACGAGAAAAAGAUUGAGAGAACAAACAGUGAUAUGUUAUGAAAACAUUGGGCGAUAAUGAUUUUUCGUAUUAUUUUUUUAAUGAAAAAUUGAGAUUAUAUAUAAUAAUAUUCUCCUGGUGAAACCUAUCUGACUGUAGAAUAACUUCAGCCUGAGUUCGCCUCUUAUAUAUUCCGAAUAACAUUAAACAUUUUCAUUAUCACCAUUAUGUUUUGUGAAACAAAAUUUUCAUCAGUUUUUUGCAGUUUCCUAUUUAUUUUCAACUAUAAUCGAAUCUAUCUUUCAUUCUCACGAAUCCGGUCAAAAAUAGUUUUCCAUUGGUGGAAUCGAUUGAUUAUGUCAUGAAGUCGUUACUCAAACCCAGUGAGCAUGCUCAAUGUAAUCAGAGUGGCAUUCCUCAUCUGAGAAUGUUUUGAUCUUUCAUGACAAUUUUUACAUAUUUUUGGCUUUAAUAGUAAUGUUAUACAAAGUGAACCUUGUAGACUUCAUGUGGGUUAUACGUGAUAAAGUAUUUAUAUAUUUAUAAUUUGAGACUU